UCCGAUCGAUCUUCUUGUUAAGCGGAGCGGGAGCAACAAUUGUUCCCUUGUCCGCAUUGAGGUCAGGGGGCGUCCAUCUUAGCGAUGGAGGUGGAGCCUCAGCAGACUUCUCAUCCAGUGGCAGAGUCUCACUCUCAAUCCACUGAAAGUAAAAAUUUCAACUCCUGUCUCUACCUGAAUCUUCCUCCGUUACAUUCCCAACCACAAGACUCCCUCCCUUGUUCCUUCCUGUCAUCCUGUGGAUGGGUCAUCCCUGCCGCCGGGUGCAGCAGCAGCACUAACUUGUGUCGAAUUUCUUUUCUUGAAAUUCUUGACAGUCUCGGAUCGAACUCAAAAACAAGUUUUUGUCUUGGGAUUUUUGAUUGAUGUGAUUGAUUGCACACAGCAUCAAAUUUUGAGUUGUUUUGUGUCGGUGUUCAUAGAUUACAAAAGUUUCGGCCCCUCCCUCUGAUUCUCUGAUGGAUUUGAUGAUAACAGACUACGCGAAGUUAUUGCUAGUGGCUCGUUGGGUUUUGAUGAUUGGACUUCCCUCAUUUCUCACAUUGAAGAUGUGUCUCCUGACAUAGAGAGACUAUGCUUAGUGUAUGACUCUUUCUUGACCAAGUUUCCUCUGUGCCAUGUUUACUGGAGGAAGUAUACUGAUCACAAGAUGAGACUAUGUGGUACUGACAAGGUUGUCGAAGUAUUUGAGCGAGGUGUGCUCGCAGUGACUUAUUCUGUUGGCCUCUGGGUUAACUACUGUCAAUUUGCUUCGUCAGUUUUUGAGGAUCCCGAUGAUGUCCGUAGAUUGUUUAAGAGGGCCAUAUCGUUUGUCGGAAAGGAUUACUCAUGCCAUUCCUUGUGGGAUUUGCAUAUUGAGUUUGAGUUUUCUCAGCAGCACUGGAGUUCCCUGGCCCACAUUUUUAUCCAAACUCUGAGGUUUCCCACCAAAAGGUUGCACCAUUAUUAUGAAAGUUUCCAGAAGUUGGUUACCAUUUGGGAAGAAGAGAUGGAAACCCAAAAAAUUUCUGCCGUUGGACCCAAGCCAGAGGCUGAUCUCGAUAAUGUGGCGCAAGCAUCAUAUGGUGAUGAGGAAAUCUGUGAUGUCAUUAGCAAAUUAUUGCAUUCUUCUGAUGGUCAUACAAUGUCAAGGGAACUACAGAAAUAUAAAGCUAUAGGAGAACGGUUAUAUAAGAAUUCGUGUCUCUUGGAUGAGAAAAUUGUCUGCUUUGAGUCUAAUAUCCACAGAUCUUAUUUCCAUGUGAAGCCAUUAGACACCAGUCAGUUGGAGAACUGGCAUAAGUAUCUGGAUUUCGUCGAGGCGCAAAAGGAUUUCGACUGGGUAGUUAAACUUUAUGAGCGAUGUUUAAUUCCUGCCGCAAAUUAUUGUGAGUUCUGGAUGCGGUAUGUGGCCUACAUGGAAAGUAAAGGAGGGAGAGAGAUAGCAAACUUUGCAUUGGACCGAGCAACAGAGAUCUUUCUGAAGGAUAUUCCCAUAAUCCAUGUAUACAAUUCCAGGUUUAAGGAGGCCAGCGGGGACAUAAUGGGUGCCCGGGCUGCCAUGCUUCGCCAUAAGACUGAAUCAGAUGAGAACUUUGUGGACAAUGCCAUAAUAAAAGCUAGCAUGGAGAAACGCUUGGGAAACCUUACAGCAGCUUCCAACAUAUACUGUGAAGCCAUUGAUAGGGCCAUAUCGAAGGAGGAGCUGAAUUUGCUUCCUACUUUAUAUGUGCAUUACUCUCAGCACCUAUCUGUGACGACUAACUCUGCAGUUGCAGCAAGAGACAUCCUGAUAAACGGUAUCAAACAUAUGCCUAGUUGCAAAUUCCUGUACGAGGAAUUGAUAAAAUUUGCAACAACGCAUGGGGGGCAAGAGCACAUUGAUGUAGUUGGAAGCAUCGUAGCUGCUGCUUUGUCCACAAUUCCCGGUGAAUCCCAAGUCCUAGAUUCAACAGAUCAGAAGGAUAUAUCAAACCUAUAUUUAAAGUUUGUUGAUCAUUGUGGAACAAUUUAUGACAUAAGGAAAGCAUGGAGUCGGCAUGUGAAAAUAUUUCCUUGCUUGCUACGAGUGCCAUAUGAAAGCCCACCAACAGGGAUAAAAAGUUGGAAAUCUUUACUGGAAGGGAAACAUAAAACUUAUGCUGACAAGCCUUCUGAGUCAAUAAGCAUACAACCGGAGGAAACAUCAUUGCCUGAACAUGCUGCUUUUCGGCCCAAGUUAGGAUCAGUAGGUAAUGCUUCAUCUGAGAGACGUCACCAGGCAUCAAAUAUGUCAUCAGAGCAAUCAAUGGAAAAUGAGGCCGAGUCAGUUCAAGUGCCUCAAAAGUGUAUGGAAGGAGACAAUACUGGAUCAAAUCAUGACUGUUUGGUCAAUCAGUCCCAUUUGCCGGUUGCACUCAAAACACCUUUCCUAGAUCCUCCAAAAGGUGGACCUUCUCGUUCAGUAUCAGAUGGUUCUCAUGAAGGCGAAGAUCCUGAAGAGAUUUCCGUGUCUAAUCGGGUUGUAUCGAGUGAGAACAUUGCUGAGAUUCAUGCCUCUGAUCAAGCUGAAGGUCAAAGAACAGUUAGUCCUCCCCCAUACUCAUCAAGUCAACAAAAUCAAAACCAUAGUUCUUUUGAAUCACGAUCACGAUGGCAUCGGAUGAAUCACUCUGACCGAUCUCGUCAGGACUCGAGAUUUGGGUUCCGUGGACAAUUACGGAGAAGACCACAUCACCACCAGCAGUUGUAUCCCCCUCAACCAGAGUCUCCUCUUACAGAGACGGGACACACUUCAUUUCCUCCCCAGAAUCAACAAAUUCAUUUAGGAAAUAAUAAUGGCAAUCAGCUUCAAGCCUGGCCCACCCUAAAUUACAACUUUGCUCCGGGGUAUCGGGGCCAAGUGUUUGCACAAAAUGUGACAUAUCCUCAAGUUCAAUUCCCGAACUAUCCUGCCUUGCAAGGUAGCGAGCAGAGUGGGGCAGAGUUAGAGAGCAAUCAAGCACAUUACAAUCAGAUGUGGCAAUACUAUUACUAUUACCAGCAGCAGCAACUCUUCAUUCAGCAGCAGAUGCAGCAGCUAGAGCUGACACAAGCUCAACUUCAACAGCAACAGCAGAGUCCCGAGUACCAACACGUCUUGCAGCAGCUUAAUCAACUGCAGCACCAGCAACAGCAACUUUAUCAGCUGCAGCAGCAGCUCUAUCAGCAGCUGCAGACGCAGCAGCAGCUUGUACCGCAGCAGCAGUCACAUCAAGGCAUGCAAGUUUCGCAGCAGGAUCAGCUUUUCUACAUGCCGCUGCAGCAGCAACUUUCACAGCAGCAAGAAUCGUUCCUGCAGCAGCAGUUCAGCCAGUCGGAUCAGCUGCAAGUUCAGCAAAAUCAGGAGUCAAAUCUACAGCUGCAGCGGCAAAGAGUUGAAGAGGAAGGUCUAAAGGAGGAAGAGGAAGCCAAAAAAGUGCACCAGCCCCAAAGUACACCAUGAGAUGAGAUUCUAAGCUAGGCUGGAUUUAGGAAGGUUCUUUUCGAUCAAACUAUUCAAAGCUCAGAGCUCCCAUGACAGUGUGAUUGAACUAGGUUAAGAGUAUACUUCAUUGUAUUUAGCUUCGAUCUUCCCUCUAGAAGAAUUUUAGUAAGAUAGAAACCUGUCAAUAUUUCUAUGAAUGUUGUACUCGAAUUUAGUACUCAGGGGUGCAUAUCUGAUGUCUGUCUCAUGCAAGUCUCGUAAAUUAGGAUGCAAAGACCUGACUAAACUAUGUCACCUUUUCGAUACUGUGCAGACGUUGAAUCCGCACAUAAGAAUGUAUGGGUCAUUUUCUGGUCGGUAA